UUUUAUAUUAACUUACACGUCUCUUAUUGCAUCCAUAUCCAUACCUCUUUAGAAGUAAUAUCACAACUAAAAAACUGCAGUAUGACAGGAUCUGUGAUGUUUACUAUUCUGGUCGGUUUUGCCAUCAUUGCUGGCAGCACAGUUUUUCUUGUGGAAACUAGGAAAGCUUCUGCGGAACCUGCCAAGUUCCAGUGUCCUGAACCGCAGUCGUGCACAACCAUUCCAUCCAACUGUAUCAAGACGGUUACCCCGUAUGGUCUCUACUUCGGCGGCUUAGUAUGCGCAGAAUGUCCUGUAUGUGAGAUUUAUAAAUACCCCGAUUUAACAUGGUGCUCGAUGAUUCCCGGAUGUAUUCAAAUGCCGAGUGACUGCCUCAUACAGUUGCCUACUGGUUUCCUCUCAGACGCUUGUGAUGAAACCUGUUUCCUCUGUCCAGUGUGCAUUCUGACCAAGAGAAUACCGUAAAAUUGCGUUCAAGGUUCCAAGUUUUGUUCCACUGUAAUAGAUGAAAUUAUCUACUAUUUUGACUUUGUAACAGUGUAUACCGCAACAGGCCCGUAGCCAGAAAUUUCAAAAGGGGGGUUCUUUUUCUGAAAAAGUGGACCUUUUACCAUACAACUUUCAUGUACCUUUAUUAAAUUUCACCCAGAGGGAACCUUUUCCCUGCAAAAAAGGGGGGUUCUUUCGAACCCCCCGAAUCCCCCCCCCCUGGCUACGGGCCUGCGCAAUUAUUGUCAAAGCACAAUGUGUUUCAAAUAGAUCUUAAAUUUUAAAACAUAGGGACGAGACUUUGCAUCAAAAUGUGGCGAGUGUUUUGAUUGAUGAUUAUGACAUGAAUAAUAAACUGGAACAUCUACGAUCACAAUUAAGUGUUUUUUGUAUAUUUU